UUCAAACAUUCAGAUUUGAUCCUAAUGAAGAAGAAAAGAGAAAAAGCCUAUGCAAGAGACUUGUGAAAUACUUGGAAAAUGAUGUUCAGUCAUCCUGUAGAACAGUGUGUCUGGAGACACUCCGAAUUCUUUCAAGGGAUAAAAAAGUUCUAGAGCCUGUGACCACCAAGCAAGGAAUGCUAGUUCUCAUCAGACUUGCCAGGCUUGAAGUUUUUGGAGAAUCUGUUCUGCCAAUUGAGGAGGAUGAAAUUGUGAUUGAAGCUUUGAAAUGUCUCUGCAAUAUUGUUUUCAAUAGUACAGCUGCACAGCAGAUAAGUGCUGAAAUGAAACUUGCAUUGGGACUUCAGGCACGGCUGAAAACGUAUGUAGACCAGGACCUAAGACAUGAAGUGGUUCUCUUUACAUUGCGUCUUAUUUUUCUACUUUCAGCACUACGAACUGAUGUUCGUGAUUGCUUAAGGCAAGAACUACAGUCAGUUGGCCUGCUCAUCCAAAUCCUGCAACGCAUACUUGAUGUAAAAUGGAUUGGGAAGUAUGCUGUUGGCUUUGAUACUAAAUGUGCAAUAUUACCACAUGACAAAAAUGAAUGCACUAUUGAGGCCUUGAAAGUUCUUUUCAACUUGACCCUGUCAAAUAAUCAAACGGAGGAUGAUGACCACCAGUUUCGCCUCAUCACAGCCAUCAUGCGCCAUCUUUUGAUGAUAAAGGCACAGAACGAGGACAAAACAGAGGAAUUGCACAGCAAUGCUAUUAAUUUACUAAGCAACAUUCCUGUCACCUGUCUGAAUGUAUUAAUUGAUUUUCCAACCUGUGAUCAAACGGAUGAAUAUCAUGAGAAGAAUAUGGAUGCUAUUCAUGUCUUGGUAAAUUUCAUGGAAAAAAGGAUUGAUAAGGGUGAAAAUUAUAGAGAAGGACUCACUCCAGUGUUUAGUCUCAUGACUGAAAUUUCAAGACAUUACAGAGAAGUCAGGAAAUACAUAAAAGCUCAGGUUUUACCACCAUUAAAGGAUGUGAAAAAUCGUCCAGAAGUAGGAACGACUGUGCGGAAUAAGCUUGUUCGUCUUAUGACACAUGUGGACACUGGAGUAAAGCAGAGUGCUGCAGAAUUUUUGUUUGUGCUUUGCAAAGAAAGUGUGGAUAAUUUGUUAAAAUACACUGGCUAUGGAAACGCAGCUGGGCUUCUAGCAGCUCGUGGACUACUAGCUGGAGGACGAGGAGAUGGGCAGUACUCUGAAGAUGAAGAUUCUGAUACAGAGGAGUACAAAUCUGCAAAACCCUUCAUUAAUCCCAUUACUGGACAUGUUGAAGAGCCAAUGCCAAAUCCUCUGGAGGAAAUGACAGACGAACAGAAAGAAUAUGAAGCUCUCAAGCUGGUCCACAUGUUUGAUAAACUUUCAAGAGAGGAGAUUAUCAAGCCAAUGGGUGUGCGACGAGAUGGCACACUUGCCCCUUUGGGUGAAGCGGUGAGGCAGUGCGCACUUGAGUCUGACACCUCUGACUCUGAUUAAGAAGUUCCUCCUGGUUCAUCAUUUUCUUCAUAGUGUAACUUUUUUAAGCACCACAUGCCUUUCAUUUAUGCCACUUGCUUAAUUCUGUCUUUGCCGGAGUUAAAACAUUCACGUCCGUGUAGAUGUAGUACAGAUAGCACUUAUUUUCUUGAGGUGAAAGUGGCUAAAGGAAAGCGCCAGCAAUUUUGACAUUUGUUUAUUUUUAAUCAUAAAGUGAAUGUCACAUUUUGCACUUUAGCGGAGAAAUGUAUUGCAGUAGGUAAACAUGUUUCAGUAAAACGUACUGUGAUUGUUUCAGGUUGAUAUUUGACAUUUACCUUUAAAACUGCGAUAAGAGGAAUUGAACUUGUGCAUUUCAGGAGUUAAAGCCCAAAGGGCAGUUUAAGUCAUAGAAUGCUAAAGAAGUCAAAAAAAAAAAAAAAUCAAACAUAGCAAUAUCAGAAAUGAGUUUUAUAUCACUGACAUUAUAUAAUACAAGAACAAAGUGUUUUGGCUACUUCUGGGUUUAUUUUUACAGUGUCUGUACAAACCUGUAACAAUAUUAAUUCCUAGCUUUAGUUUACUGUAAAUAUGAAUUUAUAAUAAUUGGAGAAAAUAUAAACAGGCAGUAGUUUAGCUAUGAAUAAAACCUUUAUAUCAGUAAGUUACUUAUUAGUGCGAGUUUCUUGUAGGAUGCAUUUCUGUUAAAGUUCAGCAUUUAUAGAUUAGCUGAGUAAACUAUUUUUUAACAGAACUGUUCUUAAAAUGUCCACUUUUAGUUUCUUCCUUGGUGCACUGUUAAUGUAUUUAAACUUUACUUUUGCACUUGAAAUAAUUAAUAGAGAGCUGUCACAUUGUUAGUUCCUGAGUGACCCUUGUGGUACCUAAUAAAAUGGUAUACACAGAAAUAUACCACAAAAUACAAGGCCAAGGGUAAUUUAAAUCAAGUAUAAAAAGGCACUUGGGUCACUCACACUUACUGCAUGUACCAUAGAUGAGUGAAAAUACUGAAACAUGAAUUGAUGAGCGUUUAAACCUAAAAUUUGAGGUCCUGGUUUGAUACUUUGAUAUUUUUGUGUUUGCAUGAUCUUUUCAGCAAAAUGAAUGUAAUCAAUUUAAUACCAACUUCCAAAUGUUUGCGCAUCAUGAAAUAAAAAUAAAACAUGUAGAUUCAUCUCUUCAGUAAACAAUUACAUUUAUAUGGGUAAGAGGUAAUAUUUUUUUUACAUUUUUGAAACUCUCUAUAAUGUUGCUGUAAUGAAGAGAAAUUGUUAUAACAGUAGAAAAUUAAGAAUUUAUAGUUUCACUGAUUUUAUAUGUAUUCUUCCUAUUUGUGGUUGUGUAGCAAAUGAUGCACAAGUUUAGUACUUUGUUGUAUAUAGAGGCGUUCAAACCAAAAUAACUGGUAAACUGAAUGCAGAUAUGCUUGUGUGCUUUUCUGAGAAGUGUAUCAUUGUAUGGAAAUGUUUUUCUUCCAACAUGCGCCAUGCAAUCUACAAAAACAUGGGAGUUUAGAUGGUCUGUGGUGGCAGAAGUUGUUGUAUUGGAAAUAUUUCACAUGUAAUCUCCACAUCUCACUUCUGCUUCUUAUUUUAACUAAAAACAGGCGCCGUUCACACUUUACUUUUUUUGUUACAAUCGACACAAAAUCCAAUUUUUCGAUCAUUUGCUUUCCUUGUAAACCACAACAAAAAUCAAAAGUGAGUGAAAGCAACAUCGAAGCUCUGUUUUUUGAAAACACACAACAUGCAUUUUGGUUCUUCUAAGUAAAAAAUUAACCUUUUCAUAUGUGCACAUUAUGGGAUGGUGGCUAUAAUUGUUAAAACUGUAAUAUGAGGCAUUAAAGUUAUUAGAGACUGUAUUGUGUUCAGUGCUUGAAGUGACUUUCUUACACAGUAGAAGAAUAGGUAGCAUUUCUAAACACUGACAUGGCUAUACAGCAUUCAAAUUUCCAAAGAAACCUACUGUAAAUAUUUUAUAUUUAGCUUGUUGUUUAAACCUGUUGGAGAAAAAAAGAAAAGAAAAAAGUGACACGAAAAUGGCACUACCUCAUUCCAGUCCUUAUAACUGAACACAUUUUAGCAAUUCUCAAAAUUAUAGUCAUGCACCUAAGGGAAAAAACAAUUGCAGUUUUCUGGUUUUAUGCAAUGAACUCACUAUGAGAUGUGUAUUGCAUUCAGCCAUCAAAUUAUAUAAUCCAUGUUGACUGUUCAAACAGAUCCAGUAUGGAACAAACCUGAUAAUUAAACUAAAGCCAUUCAGAAUGGAGAUCAAGCGGUGUGCUCGCUCAGAGUGUUUACAGCAGAAUUAGAAGGUAAAUGGGCUCCUGUCACUGGGGAGAGACGACUUGAGAUGGUAUUUAUCUGACCUUGCAUUUAACUUUUUAGACACUGCUAUAGAAAUUUAAGGUCAACUGCCAUUUUCUACACCUUGUGCCCACAAGCAAGACUUCUGUUAACAAACUUAAUUUUUAAAAAGUCAGCUUUCUGGAAAACUAAUUUUAAAACAAUGAGGAUAUUGCAUGCAGCAAAAUGUGUGAAAUAGACUUCCUUAAAUUAUCAUGACUAUUGUCAAGUACGAUUAUGUCAUUUGUCCUUAUUUGUUCUACCACAAUAAAAUUGAUACAACAAAAUGCAUAAUGUAAAGAAAAUAUAAAUGAACUUUGUAAUAAUUAGAAUGCGCUGCUGGGAAAAAAAAUGUAAAAAUGGCUUUAAGUGGAGUAUGUUACUGUUAAAUAAUUAA